AACCUCCAAGCGACCGUAGCCCCAGCGCCCUCUCCAAAACUUCGACACCACCGGCAAUUCAGCUCAUUCGCCUUCGAUAGACCGCAUCGAAAGCGAAUCUCCUGACAACUCACGACCGCAAAGAUGGCUGACGACCCCGAAUACAACGCUGAGGAGGCUGCCGAGCUCAAGAAGAGAAGAGCGUUCCGCAAGUUUUCUUACCGCGGAAUCGACCUUGACGCUCUCCUUGACCUCGACUCCGAGCAGCUCCGCGAUGUCGUCCACGCCCGUGCCCGCCGGCGCAUCAACCGUGGUCUCAAGCGCCGCCCCAUGGGCUUGAUCAAGAAGCUCCGCAAGGCUAAGCAGGAGGCUAAGCCCAACGAGAAGCCCGACCUCGUCAAGACCCACCUGCGUGACAUGAUUGUCGUCCCCGAGAUGAUCGGCUCCGUCAUUGGCAUCUACUCCGGCAAGGAGUUCAACCAGGUUGAGAUCAAGCCCGAGAUGGUUGGUCACUACCUCGCCGAGUUCUCUAUCUCUUACAAGCCUGUCAAGCACGGUAGACCCGGUAUUGGUGCCACGCACUCUUCUCGUUUCAUUCCUCUGAAGUAGAGGAUGGUUGUGGGCUGUCUUAGGGAGGUUCUUGCAUUCAAACGGGCAUCAAGGCGAAACGGGAAAUGGUUUUGGUAGCAAGGCAAGGCCGCUACCAUGUUGUUUGGGCGAUGAUAGUUCAAUACAACAUCGUUGUCCGCUAAAAAGUUUGAGCCUCAAAAUGGGAAUGAAUUCAACGAAGAGAUACCAAAAUUACAUGAGCACUCUUCCGCUUCUG